AUCCAUUCCACGAGUUGGCUAAUGUUUACAUAAUACGCUUCAACAAGUUAUCCGGUAAAAUGCUCUCGAAAUCACGUUUUCUCGUACCGGGAUGGUCACCGUUCCGGUUGAUACGGGCACUACACAUUUCCGAAGCAAACGUGCUGACCACCGACGUAAAUCGACAGUCUGCAGAGUACAAGGAAAACCACUCGCAAAUGAGCGAUCUCGUCAACGAGCUUAAGUCUAUUACCGACCAAGUGCUAAGCGGAGGCGGGCCAGAGGCAAUUAAACGGCAUACCAGCAAAGGGAAACUAUUGGCCCGGGAUCGUAUAAAUAGACUGGUAGACCCUGGUUCUCCGUUUUUGGAGCUAAGCACCCUAGCCGGCUAUGAAAUGUAUGGAAAGGACGUUGUUAAUUCGGCAGGGAUCGUCACCGGUGUUGGACGUAUUCAGGGGGUUGAUUGCGUUGUCGUGGCUAACGAUGCCACCGUGAAAGGUGGAACGUAUUACCCGGUCACAGUUAAAAAGCACCUCCGAGCCCAGGAAAUCGCCCAAGAAAAUAAUCUUCCUUGUGUCUAUCUGGUCGAUUCCGGUGGUGCCAAUCUGCCACGGCAAGCGGAUGUCUUUCCGGAUAAAAUGCAUUUCGGGCGUAUUUUCUACAACCAAGCCAACAUGUCAGCGGCUGGAAUCCCGCAAAUAGCCGUUGUGAUGGGCUCGUGUACUGCCGGCGGCGCUUACGUACCGGCAAUGGCCGACGAAAGCAUAAUCGUUAAGAAGCAAGGUACAAUUUUCCUAGCGGGACCACCUUUAGUGAAAGCGGCCACCGGAGAAGUCGUGUCAGCGGAGGACUUGGGUGGAGCAGAUUUGCACUGUCGAACGUCGGGUGUUACGGACCACUACGCUGUGGACGAUGAGCAUGCGCUCUAUCUGGCCAGACAAGUCGUUCAGAAUUUGAACCGACCGAGUGGAUAUGACGAGAAUGCUGGAUAUUCUUCGAAAGCAAUGAUGAAUCAUGAUGGAUUAAGUUUUCUGCCGGAGGCAGAAGCUCCCCGCUAUGAUGCCAGCGAGUUGUACGGAAUCGUUGGGUCAAAUUUAACUAAAUCUUUUGACGUACGCGAAGUAAUUGCUCGCAUCUUUGACGGCAGCCGAUUUACGGAAUUUAAAAAAUUCUACGGAGAAAUGAUCGUGUGUGGUUUCGCACGGCUUUACGGUCAGCUGGUCGGAGUGGUCGGUAACAAUGGAGUGUUAUUUUCGGAAAGUGCCCUCAAGGGAGCGCACUUCAUUCAACUGUGCGCACAGAAGAAAAUUCCGCUGAUUUUCCUGCAGAACAUUACCGGCUUCAUGGUGGGUCGUGACGCCGAAGCCGGAGGAAUAGCCAAGAACGGUGCGAAAAUGGUCACGGCAGUGGCGUGUGCCAAUGUUCCCAAGCUAACACUGAUAAUCGGUGGAUCGUAUGGGGCUGGCAAUUACGGCAUGUGCGGUCGAGCCUAUUCGCCACGAUUUUUGUACAUGUGGCCAAAUAGUCGCAUUUCGGUUAUGGGUGGCUCGCAGGCAGCCGGCGUCCUAGCGCAAAUCACUGAAGAACAAUACAAGAGGUCCGGAAAAGAAUGGACAACUGCCGUUGGAGAUAAGAUCAAAGCUCCGAUAAUCCAGCAGUUCGAGGCGGAAGGUUCUCCCUACUACAGUACCGCUCGGCUGUGGGAUGACGGUAUCAUCGAUCCGGUUGAUACCAGGAAAGUGCUUGGUUUGAGUUUGCAUGCCGCACUCAAUAAGCCGAUCGCUGAGACCAAAUUUGGUGUGUUCCGUAUGUAAAUCGAUACCGAGAUACAACCCAAAGGGUUGAACAGGUUGAAAAGUAACAAGUGUCUUCCAGUGACGAGAAUAACUAAAGUGCAUUUAUUAGAAUUUAGGAUACUGUUUACAGUGGAGGAAAUGUUAUUUUAGCACAGUGAACCAGUGUUGCAACAACAAAGAAAAAGUGUUAUUUAGUUAUACAGAAUUCAUUUGGUGAUUACCAGAGAUUGCAUUUAAUGCCAACUGCAUUUUUGACGAUUAAGAAAAUAAAAUUUAUUA